UUGAAGAAGAAGAAGGCACGCGCUGAUGCAUUCCACAAUUUGUCUCAAGAUACGUACGACCUGAUGCAGCGUUAUGUCUUCUCGGUGUCUUCGUGGAAGUGACCAUCCUUGGUGGGCUUUCUUCCGAGGGAUUUGCCUGUGCAGCCCAACUGCCAUUCUUAAUACCCUAUGGUUUUGACGCGUUCCUGGAGUGCGACGACCUAGACUUCCAGGACCUCAAGUGGGCCUUCGCGGUGCUCAGUCUCCUGUGUUCGCACUGCGACCGCGGCUCUCGUAGACUUCGGGACCUUCUUAGGAAGACAGCUACAUCUGAAAACUUUGCGACAAAGACGCUUCCAAAUUUUGCGUUCAGGUUUCGUCACUCGAAAACUGUUCUCAGCAGCUGGAAUCCCUCGUUCACCUACUGGACGUCUUGGAGGCCAUAAAGGAAUUUGUUCUGAAUACGGACACCUUCCUUAGCCUACUACCCUACAUAACGGCGAUGGUUGAUUCACUGCGUGAAUCACAAUUAGGCAUCGACGACAUCUACAAUAGGGCCGUGAAGUUGGAAGCGUUUGCGACGAGUGGCGCCAUGCUGGGUAGACAACGUGUGUUGUCCCACCCGGACUUCAGAACUCUCCCAGUCGUUCCAGCAUCUGAAGAGUUGCUAGCCAGAGAAUUGCCUCAUUUGACGCCUAAUCGUGUCCGUGGGUCGUAUAAUAGCACGGAGCACUAUCUGGACGUCCAGUUUAGGCUGCUUCGUGAGGAUUUCGUCCGUCCGCUCCGGGAAGGGAUAAGGGAGUGCGCACGGGCACAGGAAGUCCGUGGAUAUAGAUACAGGAAAGAAAUAUUCCACAAGUUGGACGGCGUCAACGUCCAUUCCGGCGUUGUCGUCAUUUCCUCUUCCGUCAACGCAGAUGGAAGAGUAUACGUUGUGCAGUUCGACGCCUCGAGCUUCUCAAAGAUACUCUGGAAGGGAACGAGGCGCUUCAUUCCCGGAUCGCUUCUUUGCUUCAGUAAGGACAACUUCGAGACAAUCCAGGUGGCUACGGUGUCUCGUGCCACUCCAAGUAUGCUCGGCAGAGGCGUCGUUGAAGUCACAUUCUGGAAUUGUAGCUGCGCAGUCACGGGCCAGUUUGUUGUUCUGGAAAGCAUUGCAUACUUCGAGGGUUAUCGUCAUGUAUUCCAGGCUCUGCAAAACACGCACGUUCUUCCACUGGAAAAGUACAUCGUAGGAGCGGAAUCUGUCGUUUUCCAUCCAAGUUACGUGAAUAAUUGGACGACGUUCGACAUAACGUGUCUCCUAGAGACACCUGGUGGUACCCGCCGAAAGGUGACCCUCCUCGACCGAGACAGCUGGCCAAAGGCGGAAGAACUCCAACUGGACAGCUGCCAACUGGAGGCUCUUCAAUACGCGCUAACCCAUGAACUAGGCGUUAUACAGGGACCUCCGGGAACGGGAAAGACCUACAUGGGUUUGAAGAUUGUUCAGACGCUGCUGGAGAACGACGCUGUAUGGGGUGACGACCAAGGUCCCAUCUUGGUGGUCUGUUAUACAAAUCGCGCCCUGGAUCAGUUUCUGGAAGGCGUGCUUCAGUUCACGAAACUUGUUACGAGGAUGGGCGGUGGAUGUAAGAACAACGCCUUGAAAAUGUAUCAUGUCAAUAAGAAGUGUAAACGGACACACGCUGGUCGGCAGUCGUCUGAAGCUCUACGGAAGCACCUUGAACGAGUGAAGACGCUUUCAACAUUGUCACAGACCGUCUUGUCCGUACCUGAGGAAGAGGACGCUGUAAAACUGCUUAUGCAUGUCAUGAGCAAGGCGUGCUGCCGGUCCUUCUUCCAAGCGGUGUUCGACGAGCAUUCCUUCUGUCAAGUGUUCAGGGUGUGGUUGCGCCUGGAACAAACGAAAGCACUCUUCCUGAAUCAAUGCAGCAAAAAGGACAUGUCAUCGGUGCACAAAGCUAAAAAAGGAUUCAACAUGCGGGACCUGGACACAAGCUCUUGGGAAGCACAUCUGCGCAUCAUCAUCAAGGAGGGCGAUCGAGCCACAGGAGACGAUCACGUCGAGGACGUCUGGACACUACGAUCUCGAGAGCGCUGGAAACUGUAUCGAUACUGGGUCGACAACCUGACUUCUGUGAUUGACACCUUUCAAACUUCUGAGAUGACAACAAUGGAAGAUGUGCAAGAGCGCAUGGCGCACUCCAGACUAAUGGCUGACCUAUCGGUCCUUAGGGCGUCCAAGGUCAUUGGAAUGACAACAACGUGCGCGGCUAAGUACCAGGCUCUCCUCCGCGAGGUGCAACCGCGCAUCGUCAUCGUGGAAGAGGCAGCCGAAGUACUCGAAGCUCACGUGGUGACAAGUUUGGCUCCGCAAACUCAGCAUGUGAUCCUCAUCGGGGACCACCAGCAGUUGCGUCCGCCCACGAAUGUACAAGAACUGUCAAUCAGAUACAAGAUGGACGUGUCUCUUUUCGAAAGAAUGCUUAUCAACGGCGUGGGUGUCAAACAGCUCUGCGUUCAACAUCGCAUGAGGCCGGACUUCGCCCGCCUUCUCACGCCACGAUUCUACCCUACUUUGGAGCCCCACCCGUGCGUGGAACGAUACGAAGACAUUGAGGGUAUGACCACGAACAUGUUCUUCUUCAAUUACUCCUCCCCAGAACGGAGAAAUUCUGGCAGAAGCUAUAGCAACGUUUUCGAGGCAAAUUUUCUUGUCAACCUCUGCAGAUACCUGCUUGCUCAGGGUUACCAACCUUCUCAAAUCACUUUGCUCACGCCGUACAUGGGUCAGAAGAAGCUUCUAGAGCGCACAGCUAAUACAUAUCACGAGCUGACCGCGGUGGCCAUCACAGUAGUGGAUAAUUUCCAAGGAGAAGAGAACGACAUCAUCCUCUUGUCCCUGGUUCGCUCCAACGAAACUGGGGAAACCGGUUUUGUUCAAGUGGCGAACCGAAUUUGUGUCCUCCUGUCCAGGGCUCGUAUGGGAUUUUACUGCGUAGGCAAUAUGACCUUACUGAGCGAGGCGUCCAACUUAUGGAGAGACAUCGUUGACGACCUCAAAUAUCGUGGUCUGGUCGGAUGCGAACUGAAGUUACGGUGCAGGAGACACUCGAACAGCACGGCAGUAGUAAGAACACCAGAGGACUUUCCUAGCGGUCGUAAUGGUUUCUGUAACCUUCCGUGCCCAGCCUCCCUUCCUUGCGGACAUUCUUGUCCAAAAAACUGUCACAUGGAUACUGAGGACCACAAGCUGUUCACCUGCAGAGAGCGUUGCGGAAAGACAUGUUCCAGAGGUCACUGUUGCAACGAACGCUGCCACGGCCACUGUACGCGUUGCACGGUGCACAUUAAGGUGGAGUUUCCCGCUUGCCACCAUACUUCGAAAGUCCCGUGCUACAUGGCAGACGAGGCGACUUGCACGAAAAAGUGCGGGCGACGCUUGAAGUCAUGCGGUCAUCCAUGUGGCAAAAAAUGCGGCGAGCUCUGCGGUGGAGCGUGCAUGGUAUCAAAUGUUGAGGGAAGCCGUAAAGAAGUCCUUACCCUGCGGCCAUACGGCCACUGCGGAGUGUCUUGA